AGAGUAGAUAGACCGAACGCAUAUACCCAACGCCGUUCCAGAAACGACCGUACUCUGCACCGAUGGCUGGCCUGAAUUGCUACCUUUCCGUCACCGCCACAGCCACACCCAUAUCUCAACGCUCAUCUUCAUCCGACCAACCGCCGGAGCAAAAGCAGCUCAAAUUGAAACUGCCGAAGAAUAAGCCGGCGAAACUAUCCGCUGUGGUGGCCCCGGCGGAGUACGGCGGCGCACCACCCACCACCAAUCCCAGAAAUUACUCGGGCGUCGAUGAUGACCCUCUCACCUCUGAUGAUUAUAUAUGGAACAGAAAUUUCGUGGGCCGCAUGAAGAUGUUGAUCCACAGAUCCAGGAUCCUGCUGAAUAUGGAUCCGGUUUUCCUUCUGAUCCUUCAAAGGUCUGAACUUUUUUAUUUAUUUGAAAGUAGUUAUAUGGGAAAUUGGUAAUAUUAAUGUUGAAUAAGUCUUUGAACAAGUCAGUAUUUUUAGUAGUAUUAUUGAAUAAGUCAGUAUCUCUUUAGUAAACUAUUUUGUCCUAUUCUUAAGGAAGUAGCUGGCCACAUUCUGUGGAUUUCCUUAUUUCUAGUAAAUCAGUUUGUAUCCACUUUCUUUGUUUUCACAGCCUAUAAAUUGGCUUUCCUAUGGAAUAAUAUAUUAUCAAGUUCUUCUCUGAUUCCUCUGUUGAUUUCCUGAGUUCUCCAAUUUAUAUUAGUUUCAUAUAUUUCUUCUUAUUAAGGUUGCUCACAACCUGUUUGAUAAAAGUUCCCAAAGAAACCCAGUCUACAUUUGGUAUCCGAGCCUCAUAAAUUCACUGCAGCAGC